AUGGUGGUCACCGUCCAGCCGCCGCAGAGGCAUGGUGGCCCGAAGCUACCCAUGACGUCGUGGAUUUCAGUCAGAGCGGCCGCUAGCCUAGGCUGGCAUGUCAUGUUCGGAUUUCGACUGCUCGGAAAGGAAACGCUCCCCUGCUUCCACAUGGUGGGAAAGGGACCAAGUCACUACAUCUCUGCAGCCAUCGAUCGAACGACGCAUCUGGAUAUCCCGGCACCUCGCAUCAUCUUCUUCACCUUCAAGCGGCGCGGCGGCCUGUACUUUUGGAGCAUGGUGGCGGCCACCGUGGGCGUGCUCGUCAACGCCUCGGCCUUUAUCAUCAACGACCUCGGCCUCUCGCGCUACCAGCUAGUACCAGCCGUUCUUAUCAUCGUCGGCUGGAUCCUCAUGACGACGGGCCAGGCCUUUGUGCUGUACUCGCGCCUGCGCCUGCUCUACGUCAACCCGUGCGUGCUGCGGCCCGUCUUCUACAUGAUCGUGGCCAACGCGGUGCUGGGUCCACCUGCCGACGGCCGUCGUGCUCAUCGGCGCCAACUCCCCCGGGCCCGCCCGCACCUGCGCGAGGCCGGCCGCCUGCGCAACAUCAUCCUGCACCUCGUCGCCGUCAACCUGCUCAUCGUCGUGCUCGACAUCGCCAUCCUCGGGCUGGAGUACUCGGGCAUGUACCUGCUACAGACGAGCUACAAGGCCUUUGUGUACAGCGUCAGGCUCAAGAUCGAGAUCAGCAUCCUAAACCGCCUCGUCGACUUUGUGCGCGCCACCCGCCGCGUCGAGUUCCACGACCGCGCCGCCAAGGACCUCGAGCGCGAGUGGACCGACACGCUGCAGCGCACCUUUGCCGCCAACCAGUCCGUCGUCGCCGCGGCCCCGGGCGGCGCUCAGGCCGCCGUGCCGAGCUUGCCAAAGGCGGUGCAUGUUCCCGCUGCAGGGCCUGCGCAAGAAUACCUCCAAGGCGAGGAGGCCGUCACCCCAUUCCAAGCAGGGUGA